CGCUCCCGAGCAGAUCCGCUCUCCCGGGCGCCGCUACUCACACAGGCUUCCAGCCGCCACGGGGCGUCCUCUGUCUGCGGCGGCGGCGGCGGCGGCGGCGGCACGGCGGCUGCAGCCCGGCCCCUCUCUGGCAGCUUCGAGCCCGGGACAAAGUCGGGGAGAAGCGGAGGAGGAGGACGCCUAGGCUAGGAGGAGCUGCGCCGCGCCCGGCGUCCGACUCCGCGCGGCGGGCGCCUCCGCUCCCCGCGCCGCGGCCCCAGGUCCCUUGCAGCCAGCAUGAUACCGUAUUUAUAGCACAUGAAGGAGAACUUGCUCGCCACAUUCAGGAACUAACAGUUAGCAGAAGCAAAUGAUCUGCAAAGCAAAACUGAAUGGUGCACAUGACUUCAAAAAGGGAGAAGGCAAACCUGUUCAAAUAAACCAGCUUUAAAGACCUGAACUGGACAUGGUUGAGAGGCAUUUGUCGGCAAUCAUCAGCCUGAAACUUCCAAGAAAAUGCAUCUGACAUGUCAGAGCCACACUGUCUUCCAUGGACUUCUUUUAUGAACAGUUCUCAUUUAGAAAACUUUUAUGAAUACAUUUCAGUCAAGUUCACAAAGAACAUAUUUUUCUUCUGAUCUGCUGACUGUUUCAAGAGUCGGAUGAUCUCCAAGUGAACCCUCCUUUCAGCCAUCUAAGCACUCUUGCUCCCCAGAAUGCUUGUAACUCAAUGGUAGAUGCAGGUGGAGUUGACAGAGCCACUCAGUGUCCCCAGGAGCUUCCACAGAUGAUGGCUGCAGCAGCCGACGGUUUGGGGAGUAUAGCAUUAGAUACAACCCAGCUCAACAUGUCCGUGACAGAUCCCACAGCCUGGGCCACAGCCAUGAACAACUUGGGCAUGGUUCCCGUGGGGUUGCCUGGACAGCAGCUUGUGUCUGACUCAAUCUGUGUCCCGGGUUUUGAUCCAAACCUCAACAUGAUGAGUGGACUCACCCCCAUUAACCCAAUGAUACCAGGCCUGGGGCUGGUACCACCCCCACCACCAACCGAAGUGGCCGUUGUUAAAGAAAUAAUUCACUGCAAAAGCUGUACUCUUUUCCCUCAAAAUCCAAAUCUUCCACCUCCUUCCACCAGAGAACGACCUCCUGGGUGUAAGACUGUGUUUGUCGGAGGAUUACCAGAAAAUGCUACUGAGGAAAUUAUUCAAGAAGUCUUUGAGCAGUGUGGUGAUAUUACAGCGAUCCGAAAGAGCAAGAAGAAUUUUUGUCACAUUCGCUUUGCAGAGGAAUUCAUGGUUGAUAAAGCCAUUUACCUUUCUGGUUACCGGAUGCGACUAGGGUCUAGCACAGACAAAAAGGAUUCAGGUCGCCUUCAUGUAGACUUUGCCCAGGCCAGAGAUGACUUCUAUGAGUGGGAAUGCAAACAGAGGAUGCGUGCCCGUGAGGAGCGGCACAGGCGCAAGCUGGAGGAGGACCGGCUCCGACCGCCCUCCCCACCAGCCAUCAUGCACUACUCAGAGCAUGAGGCUGCCCUUCUAGCCGAAAAGUUGAAAGAUGAUAGCAAGUUUUCUGAAGCUAUCACAGUGCUGCUUUCCUGGAUUGAACGUGGGGAAGUGAAUCGGCGCUCUGCAAACCAGUUCUAUUCCAUGGUGCAGUCAGCCAACAGUCACGUCCGCAGGCUGAUGAAUGAAAAAGCCACCCAUGAGCAAGAAAUGGAAGAAGCCAAGGAAAAUUUUAAAAAUGCCUUAACUGGGAUCCUCACUCAAUUUGAGCAGAUUGUGGCCGUUUUCAACGCUUCUACCAGACAAAAAGCUUGGGACCAUUUCUCGAAAGCUCAACGCAAGAACAUAGACAUUUGGCGAAAGCAUUCUGAGGAGCUCCGGAAUGCUCAAAGCGAGCAGCUCAUGGGCAUCCGCCGCGAGGAAGAAAUGGAAAUGUCUGAUGAUGAGAACUGUGACAGCCCUACUAAAAAAAUGCGAGUCGAUGAAUCAGCCCUGGCUGCUCAAGCCUACGCUCUCAAAGAGGAGAAUGACAGUCUCCGUUGGCAACUGGAUGCCUACAGGAAUGAGGUGGAGUUACUAAAACAGGAAAAAGAACAGCUUUUCAGAACAGAAGAAAACCUCACCAAGGAUCAGCAGCUCCAGUUCCUGCAACAAACUAUGCAGGGCAUGCAGCAGCAAUUGCUGACCAUCCAGGAGGAGUUAAACAGCAAAAAAUCAGAACUGGAACAAGCAAAGGAAGAGCAGUCCCACACACAAGCAUUACUAAAAGUCCUGCAGGAACAAUUAAAAGGUACCAAGGAAUUGGUCGAGACCAAUGGCCACAACCUUGAGGAUGCAAAUGAAAUCAAUGUGUUGACAGUUGCAUUGGUCAACCAAGACCGAGAGAACAAUAUUGAGAAAAGAAGCCAAGGCUUAAAAUCAGAGAAAGAAGCUCUACUAAUAGGCAUCAUAUCCACAUUUCUUCAUGUCCAUCCUUUCGGAGCCAAUAUAGAAUAUCUUUGGUCAUACAUGCAGCAGCUGGACUCCAAGAUAUCUGCCAACGAAAUCGAAAUGCUUUUGAUGAGGCUACCACGCAUGUUCAAGCAGGAGUUCACGGGUGUGGGAGCAACGCUGGAAAAGAGAUGGAAGUUGUGUGCCUUCGAAGGAAUUAAAACCACCUAACUGUGAAGAUCAGGAGCUCUCUGAAAUUGAAACAGUGUGAACCUGGCUGGGACUAUGGCGUGUGUGAGGAGGGUUAGGGUUGCCUAAUGCAGAACUUGUGCAGAGCCGUCAAAGCCUGACUUCAGUUACAUCUGUGGUGUUCUCUUGUGAGUGGACAUGUAAUUGUGUACCAGUUCCUUAAACUAAACAAAGCUUCAUACUGUGA